UAGUUAUGAAGGACAGCAAUGCAAACAGGUGGCCGGGGCAUGUCGUCAUGUCAGAAGGAGGGUAUAAAAACACCUCGAUCUGGAGAGACGGCAUCAGCGAAGGAGAAGAAACACGAGGCAGAACGCACCUUGGCUGAAGACUGUAAAUGGUUUCUGCUUGAUGGUUUGACAACACGCACUAAAAUGGAAAUAUCAACAGCAAAGAAACUGCAGACCUCCCUCUUUCUCACCCUUCUCUUCUCACUGGCCUGCGACACGCAGACCGUCCCAGACUGCUGCCGGCAGAAGACCUGCUCCUGUCGCAUUUAUGACCUCCUGCAUGGCUCGGGCAACCACGCAGCAGGUAUCCUGACCUUGGGCAAGAGGAAAACGGAUGGCCAGGCGUACCAGAGUCGACUGUACCGCCUCCUCCACGCCUCCGGGAACCAUGCAGCGGGCAUCUUAACGAUGGGCAAGCGGGGUGAAGCUGAUUCCAUCCAAUCCCCGAGUAACAGCGUGGUCGACCGGAUGUGUCCCAGCCCACCCUCAGUGCUGGAUCACUAUUCCAGCUCCGAUUCAAUGUAAUUAACUGAAGCUUCUUCAGACAGA